CUCGAAAUACACUAGUCGAUUUCAGGUCAAGCGGUUUCUGCCCGUGACUCGCGGCGAAACGCAACCAAACGGCGUCAACGAGGCUGCGCUGCGGAACUGCGACACUCAGCUUCUGGUUGACGCCGCUCAUUCUGCAGAGCUUGGUAGAGCGUGCCUUAUCCUGUUAUCCUGAGCUACCUCGUGACGAUAGCAUCUUCACCGGCCGAGGGAUCUGGAGCGGACGCCAUGGGGCGGACGAUCGAUUCCGACGUGCACGCGGCGUUUGUCGAGUUCAAGGCCAAAGAGGACGACAAGUGUAUGUCGGUGCAAUGUAUCUAUUGUCAACAGAUCCGAGCAAAGAACACGUCGCGCCAGAAGCAACACCUGCUCGAAUGUCCUGGCCUGCAGAACCAUCCCAAUGCCCCUCGACCCUCACAAUCCUCCGCCGCCGGCGACGGCAGUGUCACUGGCAUCACAGGCGCGCCCAACGGCUUCGGCACUCCAUCCAACACCUUACAACAACAUAACUCGAAUGGUGCUGGUGCUCCCAUCACAAAUGGCAUUGUUCCCGCCUCACAUACCACGCCCAUGCAGGGCAUUGGGACCGGCCCCUCGCAGGCGGCACAAUCAGUAACAAGUACUCCCGUCCAACAACGGUCUACUCCCAAACCACACAAGACGCCCAAGACUACUCCGGGCUCAAACCUCCCGGCACCGCCUCUUGACGAUGUGCACGCCGCGUUCGUCGAGUUCCGGGCAAAAGAGGAGGACAAGUGUCUAUCAGUACAAUGUAUCUACUGCAACCAGAUCAGGGCCAAGAACACGUCGCGACAACGGCAGCAUCUUAUGGAAUGCGCCACCUACCAGAAUGUCAUGAAGGAGUCGAUUCCGGCAAACAAUCUUCUCCACCGGUUCGACGAGGGCGAGAUUGCCCGGUCUCUGCAAUUGCCCACUCCGACCCUGGAACUGGAUUUUCGCAUCAGCAUCAAGCUCAACCCCAAGAUUCAAGUCGGUGCUGGCCUGUACGGUCAUCGUGACUGGGUUAGUAUUGUCGGAGGACAAUGGGCAGGCAGAUGGGGCAAGGGAAUCAUCAUUCCCGGUGGACAAGACAAACAACUAGUAAUCAAAGACCUUGCCACGCGCAUCGACGCCGACUAUCUGCUGCAAACCAACGACGAUCCGCCGGCCUUCAUCAAAGCAAAGUCGAGGGGAUGGCGCACGGGCCCUAAGGAUGUCCUUGAGCGUCUCAACGAUGCCUCUGUCGCAGAUACUUUGCCCGCGAACCAAUAUAAGUUUCGGAUUUCUGUCGAAUUGGAAACGGGAGACGAGAGAUAUGCCUUUCUCAACACUUGCUUGUGGAUGGGAAGCGGAUGUCGCAGGGCCAGCGAGAUCAUCUACGAUGCAUAUCGAGUGGGCUAAGUUUUGUUGUCUUUCGCGUGGUCCAUGUCAACGUUGGAAAAGGACCGACAUUGGUUUUCAACUGAACGAACAAGAGAAGAUGGCACGAUGUUUCAUGUGAUUCACGAGCAGCGUAUCCCGGACAGGAUACCAGCGGACCUUUUGUUGCUUUCUGCUGUUGCGUUUUGUUUUUUUUUUUUUUCGUGUUUUUCUUCCAGGGGUUCAACAGCUAUCAUGGAAGUGUGGAUGAUCAGGAUACCCGCUACAUCGUUGGGUUGACAGUCUCACAGCUCUGCUUGGUGUCCGACUGGUUAUCUGAUUGAUUAGGUAUGAUGAUGACAAUGACGCUUGUCUGCUGUCUGUGAGGCAGCUGAGCUGUGCGUGGAUGGAUAAGCGGAUGGGUCCGGCGAGGGGUGGGCGUUCGAAGAAGGAAAGAAGAAGCUUCAUGUCAUGGCUCUACGUGUUAUACUCUUUUCUUUUCUUUUUUUUCCAGAGUCCAGGACGGAUGAUCAGAUACCUAGGUAUGGUUGUUUUGGAGUCUCUCAAUUUUCUUGUUCAUUUUCAGCGCUGCCUCGAGAGUGCGCACGCAUGUGGCGGGAAGGAACAGGACCGUUGAUGUCGAUUGAUUGAUUGAUUGAUUGAUUGAUUGAUUGAUUAAUUUGCCGCACUAGCAACUCAAUGUAUGAUGGUGCGCUCAUGCAAUGAGAUGGAGCUUUUCCCAUCGUACUACCUACUUAGGCAGGUUUCCCAAGGUCACUCAUCCAACAUAAUAUUGGUUGUAACGAGAUGACACUGUUAGUACGAACAUGAGGUAGUUGAGUUUAACCAUACAACUGUGCAUAGCUACCACUGCAGGUACCGUGCGUUCAAGUUGCCCACUGCAGCGAAGAGAUUAGAUCUUGGUAUAUAUUUUCGGGUCCAGGUUGGUUGCCCAACCUCUAGUAUUUCUAGGUAAAAGUCACGUCUAUCUCGAGCCCGACCGUUUCCGCUGUUUCGCAUUACCACUG